UUCAAUUGAAACUGGCCAGGAGAACGUACAAAACAAACCGACUAUAAAGGUGGGCCCAAGUGUGGGCCAGCGAGACAGUCUUCCAAGGCAUUCAACAGCGAUCAUAAUGGAGAGUAAUUUCAGUUUCGUCCUGCCGCUGCUGCUGCUCAGCUGCCUGGCUAUAUCCGUGCACGGACACGCCUCUGAUCUGCCCGCUGGUAUCCAGAGAUGCGCCAUUAUGGACGAUCAGUGCGUGGUGAAUGGCGUGAAUUAUGUGCUCAAAAACUACGCCCAGAGUGGCAUCAAGGAGCUGGGAUUGAUACCAUUGGAUCCGCUGCACAUAACCAAGUUCAAUAUUGGCCGAAAUCCACACAGUCCGGUCAGCGUUGAUUUGAGCUUCACCGAAGUGGACCUGUUGGGUCUGUCGCGCGGCAACGCCAAGCGAGUGGGUGGUUUCACUGCUGAUCUCAGCAAGCCAAUUGAGUUUGUGAUGGAGGUGCCCGAAGUGGCAAUCAAGGGACCCUACUCGGUGGACGGCAAGGUGCUCAUUCUGCCCAUUGUUGGCAAGGGCAGGGCCGAGAUUGUGCUGAAGCACUGCAAAAUCCAUUCUUUCAUCACUUUUCGGCCCAUAUCAAGGGGCGGGCACACCUUCGCAGAAGUGGCCGACAUCAAGAUGCAGGUCGAUCCCUCGAAUGUCAGCUUCAAGCUGGAGGGUCUCUUCCAUGGCCAGAAGGAUCUCAGCGACAACAUGCACAUCCUGAUCAACGAGAACUGGCAGGAUAUCUUCAAUGAGCUGAAGCCGAGCAUUAGCGAUGCCAUGGGCCUGAUAGUCAAGUCUGUGCUGAACAAAAUCUUUGGCAAACUACCCCUAGAGGAGCUCUUCAUAUUGUAGAAUGGAUACCACCCCCUACCACCCCUAGUUCAAUUCCUUAUUGGUUAUUAUUGUGUUUCUUAGUUCGAUUGCUUACAUGUGCAAAUAUUUAAUUGAAUUUCAAAUUCAAAAUAUAAAAGUUCCUUGGACGACAAAACGUUUCAACUUAAUCCAAAUACAAAUAC